CAGCCAUCAAACGCAGAAGUCGCACCUCACACACACUAUGCCAGCAAUGUCGCGGGGUACAACUGGCACACCCUCUGCGAAGCCGGGCGCGAGGUCGUCCUCGAAGCCGUCCUCGAAGGUGCGGACGCCCAAACACACCAAAGGCGGCACGGUCUCGUCCCGCAACCACCGGUUCCAGGGCUUCUCGCAGCGCAUUGCGAAGCUCAAAAUCGAGCCUGUCCGCCGCGGGCGCAGCACCAUCAUCGACGAUGCCGAGCUCGAGAGCACCUUCUCGUACUUCCGAGACUCCUUCUUCGAGUGGAAGGAGCUCUGUCUGGCCGAGAACUUUGUACAUUUUUCGCGCAAAGUCUCGCCACUCUGCGAUAGCCUUCCCCAGGUGCUCCACCACAGCGAUCGCAUAGUCGACCUCCUGGUGGAGUUCAUAGAGAAGGGCGAGAAGUUCAGUGAAGAGCCGCUGCUGAGCCUGCUCGCACACUUGGCACACGAUCUCGGCGAGCAGUUCGAGAAGCAUUUUGAAAGGGUUGUCAAGACUGUGGCGCAUCUGGCUGCCACGCAUGCAGAGAUUGAAGUCAUUGAGUGGAGCUUCACAUGCCUUGCAUGGCUGUUCAAGUACCUCUCCCGGCUCUUGGUCCCAGACCUGCGACCAACCUUCGAUCUGAUCUCGCCUUUGCUGGGACGCGCGCACCAGAAGGCUUUUGUGGCGCGCUUUGCUGCUGAGUCUCUUAGCUUCCUCGUCCGCAAAGCUGGAGCCGGCUAUCAUCGAGACAAAACACCACUUAAGUUGAUUGUGCGACAUAUUUCUGAGCAGAUGAAGGAGCUCCAGGACAACGAGAAGGAUCAUGAGUUCCAGCAGGGCAUUAUGUUUCUGCUUGCUGACUCGCUGAAAGGCAUCCAACGAGGGACACAUUCCAGCGCUACGGCGAUAUUCCAGGCGCUCUUGACAGAGGCUUACGACGAGGACUACGCGUCUCUCCAGGCUCCGCCGCUCGAAGCAGUGCUGGUUGGCGUCACUACCGCAGUCAUCCACCACACCGAUAGGGAAAACUUCAAGCCAAUCCUUGACGCACUCCUUGCUCAAAUUUUGUCAGCAGACACACAGCAUGCAGCCUUAUCAUCUCGAUUGUUGUUCAUCGUUUGCGGCGUAAGAAAGGGCACCCGGAUCGCGGACUGGAAGCCUGUAUUUGGCUCUCUCGAGCACAUCCUCAGCAGUGCGAAGGCUCCAGCAGAUCUUGAGUCUACUGAAGCAUGGGACCUUCUUUCUGCGACGACUGUUGUUUUUCAGUACUGCGCCUUAGAUGCUGCCAUCCCCUACGAAAAGCUCCUCGAAGGGUUCACUAAAGGAUCAUGGGAUGGAUACUUCUUGCCGUUUUGCAACAUGUUUGCUGAGCUUGGCGCAGAGAGGUUUAAGACUCUUCUACUACCUUACUUCAAGCGAUUUGUUGCACAGAAGGCUCAUGAGCAUGGACCAGAGCUUUGCAUCAUCCUCCCUAAAUUAUACCAGAGCGGUACAAUAUCCGCUGGUGCUGUGCACGUUUCAGAUCGCUGGCAACCUCUCUUAGACAACCCAUUCAAAGAGCUCUCGCAAGCACAAAUCGAUGAGGAGGAUCUGGCCAGAUCAACAUACCACUGCAGCGCGUUGCUGGACGCUCUGGAGAUCCUUGCUGUUCCCGAAGACAAGACAAGAAGCAUCUGGGAGGAACUCAAACAGUUGCUAGGGACAGCCGUCAAGGUUGAUUCAACGGAGAAUAUCCGCAAGACCGACAUCUUUGUUACCGGCCAAGGCUUCCAAUACCUGGUUGAUAAGACUGUUGACGAUCAAACUUUUGCUGUCAGCUUGUGGCCCUUGCUAUGCCAAUCAACACCAGUAUACGCACAUUCUCUAUUAUUCUGGAAAGCGCUACUAGCUUUGAUGCAGAAGAAGAAGAGUGUAAUACCAACGAGCGGGCCACACAUGGAUCUUGUCAAGCGUGAACUCAUGCGAUGCCUGAGCUCGCCGUCGCACGAGCUAAGAUUGACCGCCAUCUAUAUUCUGGAAAUCAUCGCAGGCAAGAACGAGGAGUUGCGCGACAUCAUCUCUGUUGCGAUGAUGAUUGAGCAGACGCCACUGGAUCUCGAGAACCAGCGAUCCAUCUCAAUGCGCAUUGGGCAGCUGGCGAAGCUCUAUCCUGACGUAUGCGGCGAUGAAUGGGUAGGCGAGGCGCUUCCAACAUUCUGCUUCGGUCUACUGCACGUAAGGAUGGCAUCUGCGUGGGACGAUACCUGCGCAGCGUUGAAGGCUAUGUGCAACACGAAGGAGGGCGAGGGCUUCGUUUCACAGAUCGCAUUUCAAUGGCUGGGUGAGCCUGAGAGCUUGGAGAACUCUGCCAGCGGAACCACGAAGAACAGCACAUCGAAGCGGUAUGCAAACGAAUUCGAGUGUACGAACGUGUUCCAGCUCCAGGAUCGGGUCGCAAACAACCAAGAGCUGUCAUACAACAUCGGCGAUAAGCUUGAGGCUGCGUUCGAUGAGAAACACUCGCAGAUACCGUUCAUUAACGCCUUCAGCAGAACGCAAGCGCUGCGUCUACUGAGUUCGAUACCGCAAAUUGCCGAAAAGCGCUCGCGACUGCUUGUACCCGUACUGCUAGAUUGGGCGCUGGAUCUACCCGCUCCUACGAUUGACAGCGAUGAUCUGAUGCAAAUCGACGCGCCUGAGACAUCACAACAGCGCUGGUCCCGGAAAGAUCAGAAGGCCAUGCUCUCCGUCUUCUCGAAAUUCAACAACCCCAGGGUCUUGUACCGGUCCAGUGAGGUUCGCGAUGCUCUGCUAGUAUUGCUGAGCAACGGCGAUGUUGAAAUCCAAAAGGCUGCUCUCCAAGCGCUUCUCAUGUGGAAAGACCGUUCAGUAUCCCCAUAUCAGGAAGAGCUGCUUGGUCUGCUAGAUGAUCAGCGAUUCCGAGAUGAGCUCCCGAUUUUUCUCAGCGAAGGCAAGAUUCAGGAUAGCGACCUUGAAGAAGUUCUCCCCAUCAUUCUGCGACUGUUGUACGGCAAAGUCAUUGCUGGCAAACGAGGACUGGAGUCAAAACGGAAGUCUGUCUUCGUCGGUCUGAAAAACAGGUUUGGCGACAGUGCGAUCCAUCAGUUCCUGAGCAUUGCGUUUGGUCCUCUCAGUGGCGCCUCUGUUCUUCGGGACAACGCACUUGACGAAAGUUUGCUACGCAGUGAGUUGAUUGACGCACGGAAGCAGGUCGGUAUACUCAACAUGCUCGAUGACCUGCUCAGCACAUUCAAGACAACAUUCAACCCAUUUAUCGUUGAUGUCGUAGACCCUGUUAUGUACUGCCUUGUCAAGGCAUCUCGAGAUCUGCAAACGGCUACAUCGGCAGAGGAGCAGCCUGCUGACGACGGCCGGAAGCUCCAGGUUUCUCUGCUUCGGACAAUUCGUCAACGCGCCUUGCACUCCCUAGCUAGACUUUUCGAGAGUUGUCCGGAGUUUGACUGGUAUCCGUAUACAGCAGCUAUCGUGCAGGAACUGGUUGAACCAAGACUGGAGCAGUUUGCCAUCGAGACCGCUCAGUCGAUUUCUGGUCUUCUCCGAUUGUUUGCUUCAUGGUCCAAGGCCACGCUGACAGUCCCUUUCCUGGUCGAGCACAACAAAGAGAUCCUGAUCAAGACACUCGACAUUCUGGAUGUUCCUUCGGCUAAGGACGAAGUCAAGCAAUUUGUCUUAGAUGAGAUUCUGCGCAAUAUCUUCGCUCUCAUCACUAAUAAUAAUGAAGAUCAAUCAGUAGAUGAGAAGCUCCGCAGGAACCGUAUACAUACGGAUAUUAUUCAACCAUACUCGAAUGCGAUUCUCAACCAAGUCGGUGGACUACUCCGGAAGAGCCCCAGCAAAGAAGUGCUUGAGUCGGGAGUUCUGGCCAUCGCAGAGCUUGCGCCCCACGUAGUCGGGUCCACAGAGUCUCGUAGCAUGAUCGAGAUCGCCACCUUUCUGAUCCGACAACCAUCAAAGCGAGUCAGCCCGAGGACAAAGCUUGGUCUUCUGAAGAUCCUACACGAGUUCAUUCAACGAUGCGACACUGCAAGUUUGAGUGAACUCUUUGAUGGUAUCUACGAUGCUGUUUGCCCCAUGUUUGCCUUUUUCCAGGACCGAGCUGCUCGCAUUGUGCUUUGCGAAGUGAUCCAGGACCUUUCAGAUACCAGGGAGGAGCUUACAGGCGUUGCAAAACUCUGCCAGGAACUCAAUUCCUUCGCCAAGGGACGUGUGGACGAACCCGACUUUGAACGCCGCUCACAGGCUUUCAACCAGAUCAACGAGCAGGGGUACCAGUCUUUCUCCCUUAUGCAGUGGAAGCCCCUGGUGUACAACAUGCUCUACUUUAUCAAGGACAACGAAGAGCUGAGCAUACGAGUGAAUGCGUCGUCGACUCUCCGGCGGUUCAUCGAAGUAUCGCAAGGCGAUGACUUUAAGGAGUUCAUCACAUCUGCGAUCAUACCUGGCAUACAGCAUGGAGUGCGCGAGCCAUCUGAGCUUGUCCGGACAGAAUUUCUGGCUGUCACGGAACAGUUGGUCAAGGUUCAUCGCGACUGGGCGCCAGUAGCCGACUUGUUCGCCCUUGUUUCUGAUGAUGAGGAGGCUUCGUUCUUUAGUAACAUCCUACACAUCCAAGGCCAUCGAAGAUUGAGAGCUCUUCGUCGACUAGCAGCCAACGCUUCACAUCUGCAGCCGAAGAACACCUACCACAUACUUCUACCACUACUGGAGCACUUCGUUUUCAAUAAAGCCGACGAUGAUAGCGCUGACAACCUUGCUGGAGAGACGAUUCGAACGCUUGCCGCUCUGGUCGAAUGGCUCGAGUGGCCACAGUUCAGGUCUCUCUUCAAGCGCUACAUUGGCUAUCUGACAAGCAAGGAAGACAUGCAGAAGGCUAUCGUGCGUCUUAUUGGAGGCCUGAUGGAUGGUCUCAAUCAGGCUGGAAGGAAGAAGGGAUACGUGACUGCCUCUCAGCCUGCACCAGAGACUGACGAGGCCGACGAGACUUCCGAAGCGAUUGAAGCGCCAGCUGCAGAUGUUAUGGACAUCGACGCGCCUUCUUCCACAUUGUCGAAGACACUUCCGCAGCAAGACAAGUUAACGAAGGAUCUCGUCAACAAUUUUCUACCGGAUUUGACAGCGUUCCUGCACAAAAAGGACGAAGCCACCACCAGUCUACGUGUACCUGUAGCCGUGGCACUGACUAAGGUGCUCCUGGUCCUUCCAACCAACGAGAUUGAGGGACGACUGCCUGGCGUCCUCCUCGACAUCUGCCACAUCCUCAAAAGUCGCACACAAGAGAGCCGCGAUCAGUCGAGAAAGACCCUCAGUGAGAUUGCAGUGCUCACCGGGCCGACUUACAUCGGGUUCAUUUUGAAGGCUUUGCGGACUGCGCUCCAGCGCGGCUACCAGUUGCACGUGCUGUCAUUUACUCUCCACUACAUCCUGGUCAAUCUUGCCAGUCAGCUGAAGCCUGGCGACCUUGAUUACUGCGUUGCUGAUAUUGUCGACAUUGUGAUGGAUGACACUUUUGGCGUGACCGGUCAAGAGAAGGAUGCAGAGGAGUACAUCAGCAAGAUGAAGGAAGUCAAGAGCAGCAAGAGCUUCGAUACCAUGGACAUCGUCUCUCGAUCAAGCACGCCCGCUCAUCUUAUCAAGUUGGUCAACCCCAUCAAGGCUCUGCUCCUGGAACGCAUCAAUGCAAAGAUGGUGCAGAAGAUUGACGAGCUGCUGCGUCGCAUUGGCUUAGGCAUCCUACAAAACCCAACCGUUCAUAAUAGAGACAUUCUCGUGUUCUGUUACGAGCUGAUCCAGGAGGUGUACAAGGCCAGUGCGACGACCGACAAGGGCGACAAGACGGAUCCCAAGUUGCGACGAUUCUUAAUCAACAGAAGAGGCGCCGCUAAGUCAGGCGCCCGUCUGUCAACAUCGUCCUACAUCUACAAGAUGACACGGUUCAGCUUGGACAUUCUCCGAACCGUGUUGCGUAAGCACGACGAUCUCCAAGCACCGCAGAACAUGGCCGGUUUCCUACCAAUCAUUGGCGAUUGUAUGGUACAAGGACAGGAGGAAGUGCAAGUGUCGGCUGUUCGUCUACUCACAACCAUUAUCAAGGUACCCAUGGAUGAGAUGGACGCCAACUGCGCUGUGUACGUCGACGAGGCUGUACGAGCAAUCAAGGGUGCGCAUUCCUCCAACACCGAGUUGGCUCAGGCAUCCCUCAAGCUGGUGGCUGCGGUGCUCCGUGAGCGACCCAAUGUCCUCAUCCGCGAGCGGGAUGUUGGCCACUUGAUCAAACGCCUGUUGCCCGAUCUCGACGAGCUUGACCGACAGGGCGUGAGCUUUGCGUUCCUGAAGGCUGUCAUGAGCCGUCACAUUGAUGUCCCCGAGGUGUACGAAGCCAUGGACAAAGUCGCAGAGAUGACGGUCACCAAUCAAACAAGAUCUGCCAGGGACCUUGCCCGAAGCCACUACUUCCAAUUUUUGACAUCUUACACACAGAGCGAGAAGCGCUUCAAGAAGUCUAUGGAGUUCUUGUUGAAGAACUUGCGCUACGAGCACGUCGAAGGCAGGCAGUCCGUCAUGGAAGCUUUGGAUCUUGUUAUCACCAAAGCCCUACCCAGAUUCCCGGAGAAGGCGCAGUACGACUAUCAUGGUAUGAUGUUUUUGCCGCUGAUCAACACUCUUGCGAACGAUGAUUCGAGCAAGUGCCGAGAACUCGCCAGUCUGCUGGUCAAGCGACUGUUCCAGCAUGCAAGCGAGAAGCGGCUGCAGACUUUCACAGCUGAUUUGAAGAGCUGGCUCGAGCAAGACGAGAACACAGGCCUGAAGCGCCUUGGCAUUCAGUGCUUCGGCUUCUACUUUGAGGAGCUUGAUGCCGAAGAUGAGCCGAGAGAGCUGUCCUACGUGUUGGAAGGACUCGACUCUACUAUCGACGAGUCUCUGGCCCGCCGCGAUGAGGACGAUUGGGAGCUACUGUACUACUCUCUGACGCUUGUAUCGAAGAUCUGCAAAAAGUAUCAAGACGCCAUGCUCUCUGCCGACAAAGAGAGCUUGUGGACAGCAGUCCAGGCCAGUGUCUCGUAUCCCCACGCGUGGGUCAAGCUCAAGGCUGCUGAGCUCAUGGGCACAUACUUUGCCCAUCUUGCGAUCACUAACAAGGACGUUGGGCUAGGUGCACUCCCCCUCAAGGGAUCGGGUGGCCUGCAACUAGCGGAGCAGAACAUGAUCCAGCUCACCAAUGCAUCGCUCCGGAACUUGUUCAACUCUGAGGUCUCUGAACAGCUGUGUACACAAACCGUCAAGAACAUCGCGUUCCUGGCGAGGUGUCUGGCUGUCAAUGGCGCAAAGUGGCAGUGGCACAACGCCGGCGAUGAUGACGAAGCAGAAGAAGUACCAGAGGCCGACGGCGCAGAUGGAGACGCAUCCUCGGACGAAGACGCUGAUACGAAGAAGACUCCACCAGCAGCCAUUCACCGCUUGAUGAUUCGCCUUUCAGGUCUCAUCCGCAGAGAGACCAGCUCUAUGAACGCUAAGGCUUCGACUAUGAAUCUUCUCGAGACAAUGGCUGCCAAGUUCCCUCUUGAGCCCUUGUCGUCCUCGCUGCCGCACCUCCUCACAACACUCAACACGCUUGUCGACCCGGCCACGACUAUCCCACGCGCCCACACCAACGCCUCGUCUGCAUCUCUCAACGAGCCGAACGAAUUGUACAAGUCUCUCAUCGACAAAGCGCGGGAGAUUAUGAACGCGUUGCAGAAGCGCAUGGGCACGCAGGAGUAUCUGAAGGUCAUGGGCGAUGUACAGAAGGCUGUCCGUGACAGAAGAGAUGAGCGACGCAGGAAGAGGAAGGUCGAGGCUGUUGCGGAUCCGGAGAAGUGGGGCAGGGAGAAGAAGAGGAGAAACGAUGUCAAGAGGGUCAAACGAAAGGAGAAGGGUGCUGAGCACCGGGGGCAGCGGAGGGGCUGGUAGACAUGGGUGAGCGGCGUUUGUUGCAUUUUCACGGCGUUGAAGGAAAAGUGUAGAUGAAUUGAAUGAUACCCAUCAG